AUUGCUUUCACUUUUCAAUUUGGCAAUUUUUUGUAUUAUAAUGGUAUAAUAUUUAAUUAUUAAACUUUAUUUUGUAAAUGACCUCAACUUCUUUAUUCCGAGGAGAGCUUCUUUUAACACCAGAAGAAGCCAAUGAUUUUAACAAGAAUCUUGAAAAUGCCUGUUUGGAUAUAUACGGUCUUAAUUCACAGUUUAUUCCCUGGAGAGUUUCCCCAAUUGACCAGCCGAUCAGAGCCCAUACGCCUUCAUCAAUAUCGCUUGCAACAGUCCUAAGGGAACUCGAUGCCACAAUUGAUCCCGCCGAGAUCAUAAAACAACCACUCAACAGAAGAUCAAGUUUUAAGGUAGAAACUUCACCGUCGCCUCGGCCUACGACACCGCCGUCGCCUAAAAAAGCGCCUGAGGUUAAACCUGAGGUUAAGAGAAGACCUACGUUUGUCCUGGACGAGAAGAUCGAAUAUGAUAUGGAGUCGGAUUUUUAUAAACUAUUACACCCGCCUGAGGAUAAGCUUAAUGAACUUCCAGAUUGGGCCAGGAGAAUCCAUAAAAUCCUGAAGGAUGUUUGUUAUCAGCCGUGCGUUAAACCCUUUUUGAAGUAUUUUAAAAAUAAAAAGCUUAAUGCCUUAAACUCCACAGAAACUUCGCAAUCUGCGCACAAGAGUAAAAAAUCUGAGAAGUCUGACAAGGGCGAUGACCUUGAUUUUGAUGAUCUUAGUGACGACUUACAUGACAUUCUAAUGGACAUUGACGACGAUGCCAACACCGCAGCCAAGGAUGCUCAAGAUAAGAAGGAGCUUGAUUCUGAGGUUACCACUCCUCAAAACGUUGACAACUACGUUAAAAUUAAUAAUCUCUCAGUUGAAGAUAAUGCAGAUGCCCAUAAAACACAAGAUUUAACACAAAACCAUGACACUAAUAAUGAAAAAGCUAAUAAAGAUUCUCUAGAAUCUACUACACAAUAUGAUACACAACCAAAUCAAUCUACAAAAGAUGAAACACAACCCAACCAAUCUACAACACAAUGUGGCACACAACCAAAUCAAUCUACAAAAGAUGACACACAACUUAAUCAAUCAAAUUCUCAAUCUAAUCCUAAACUGAAUGAUCAAAAGAAUCCUGACCCUGAGGUAAGAUCGGGUAAAGUGGUUGAUAACAAGCCAAAGGAGUUGGAUCUUGAGAACAUUUUAGAAUCAUUGCUGAUGAAUGAGUUUGAGAAUUCCUCAAAGGUUUUCAGCCUAAUAUAUUUGUUUUUGGUUAAACAGUUCAAGGUCAUACCGCCUGGUACUCUUGAAUGGAUGUGUGCUCAGGACAUGUCAAUUAAACUUGAUGAGUUGAGGAUCGCUGAGGGAUUAAUGGACUCCGAGAAACUCCACUCCUUUCCUGAUGAUACUCUUGUUCCCCAGGUUAUACCGCCGCCCCUUGAACCUGCUCCGCCUGAAAUUAAAAAGGCCAGAACCUCCAUGGAGGACUUUGAACAUGAAAUUGCACUAAUUAAUAAAUCCGAUGACUACAACUCCACAAUCUCACUUCCAGAAGUUAAGAAUAUAACUGAUGAGGAGCGGAUGGAGUUUUAUAGUAACGUGACUGAACUGGACCAGGAAUAUCAACUUGAGUUAUUUACGGUGUUUGAACAUGCUGCGGUUUGGAAGAUUGUCGGUAAUGGCGAGAUCGAGUUGGAUGACAGGAACACUGACCCCAAGAUCUACAGGGGAAUGCUGAAGUGGGUGAAGGAGAAGAAGAAAGUAGUGGCGACAACGUUCCAGGAACCCGAGAUUGACCUGUCGCAAAUGACCUCAGAGAUUGCAGUUUAAGUAACAUAUACUCUAAUUUGCUACAUUAGUC